AUGUCCAAGCCCACGAGCGUGACGGGCAGCGAGAGCGAGUUCGAGUUCAUCGAGACUCCCAAGGCUACUGCCCCUACCUUUGAGAAGGAAGAGGACUGCGGCGUCCGCACCACCAAGUACCCUGCCAUCAAGAAUGCACCCCUCCCAGCAGAUGGACCGGGCUCCGACUCUUUCAACAACAAGAUCCUCCUCUCCAUCUUGGGAGGCGUUCCUUUCUGGUUGAUGUGGAAGGUUGGUGGUGGCAUCAAGACCUUCAUCUUCUUCGCUCUCGUCAUUGAUCUGCCCAUCCUGGCAGGAUGGUGGCUCACCAUCUCCGCCAUCUCCCCUCGUAAGACGGACAAGGCCAAGUUCCCUGGCCGCCCCGUUGAGUACUACCUGGACUUCAAGAAGGAGGCCGACCGCCUCAAGUACCGUGGCACCAACAAGAUCCCCAUGGAAACCUUCCACGAGAUGUACUUUGACGGAGACGUCGACUUCAAAGGUGACUGCCUCGAGGUUAUGGAGUACCGUCACGACUGGGCCAGCUUCCGUUUCACCGUCAGCCUCAUCAAGUACUUUUUGCUGGGCAUGAUUCCCGAGCUUAUUAUGCACACUCGCUCCCAGGAUGAGGAACAGGUUCGAGACCACUAUGACCGCGGUGACGACUUUUACGGCUGGUUCCUCGGCCCUCGCAUGAUCUACACCUCUGGUAUCAUCUCUGACAUCAACUCUGAGGAAACUCUCGAGCAGCUCCAGGACAACAAGUUGACUGUUGUCUGCGAGAAGAUUGAGCUCAAGAAGGACGAGAGACUGCUGGAUAUUGGCUGCGGCUGGGGCACCCUCGCCCGUUUCGCUAGCGAGAACUACGGCGCCAAGGUUACCGGUAUCACUCUUGGUCGCAACCAGACUGCCUGGGGCAACAGCGCCAUGCGCAAGGUUGGCAUCCCCGAGGAUCAGAGUAAGAUUCUGUGCAUGGACUACCGUGACAUUCCCGUCCCCGAGGGCCGCUACAACAAGAUCACCUGUCUGGAGAUGGCUGAGCACGUCGGUGUCCGCCACUUCUCGACUUUCCUCACCCAGGUUUACAACAUGCUUGAUGACGAUGGUGUCUUCUUCCUCCAGAUCGCUGGUCUCCGAAAGGCGUGGCAGUAUGAGGAUCUCAUCUGGGGUCUCUUCAUGAACAAAUAUGUCUUCCCUGGUGCUGAUGCUUCCACUCCUCUCGGCUGGGUCAUUGACAAGCUGGAGGGCGCUGGCUUCGAGGUCAAGGGUGUUGACACUAUUGGUGUUCACUACUCUUCUACUCUCUGGAAAUGGUACCGCAACUGGAUGGGCAACCGUGACAAGGUUGAGGCCAAGUACGGCAAGCGAUGGUUCCGCAUCUGGGAGUACUUCUUGGCUUACUCCACUAUUGCUGCCCGACAGGGUACCGCUACCUGCUUCCAGAUUGUGCUGGUGAAGAACAUCAACUCCACCCACCGUGUCGAGGGUAUCCCCAGCCAGUUCGCCCUUUCUGGAGCUUAUGACAACUCCGAGGCCGACAUCAAGUCGUGGGCCACCAAGAACAACGUCACUUCCUCCACCGCCUACAUCUCGUAG